AACAUCAAAUCAACGUUUCUGCGAUCGUGAGCUCUUCUUGUAAAAAGACUCGUUCUCUCUGUCUGUACGAUUUCUCCGUGGUUCUCAGAUUCCUCUAUGAAGUUUCGUCAAGCAGAAAGUCUCUCCGAACGAUCCGAAAUUCGUGAGGAGCCUUCGUUGCCCCGACCUCAACGCGGAAUGUCAAUUUUCUCGGGCGUGUGCGCGAACGAGCGGUGUCCACAUCGACGUUAUUAGCAAAUAGAGAUCGACGCGCAAGACGUUGCAGUCGAGGCGUUCGUCGCACGUCAUAAAUCAUAUUUAUGGAUGUAUACGCAAUAACGUAAGAAGAUCAAGACAAAUCGAGUAUGCGAGUUGUCGACGAUGUCGCUACCGAUAGCGCCGGCGAUCGGCGCUUUCGCGCUCGCCCGGAAAAUGCAUCGCAGACCGCCGCGUUGUUACGUCGGCGUCGGCGACGCAUGUCUCUAAUUAAUUAGCGGAUGAUCGCUGGAACCUUGAACCUCGAAUCUUCCACGAGGCCUCUCGACGAGCUUAGUUCCGUCCCUGUACAUUUUACCAAGAGCGAUGCCGCGCGUCUUUCAUUUCCAGCGAACUCCAGGAUCCUUCCGGAACUCCUUGUCCUCCGGGCUCGAGCGACGCGCAAAUUUAUGUGAAUUUGCUCGCAAUGUCGCUCGUAAGCCGACGCGACUAAACGACAUUGCCGAACGCAAACUCGAGAGACACGUGCGUUGUCUCGCCGCGCCGUAAAUCAUCCUCGCGUGAUGGCAAAAAAUCGAUCGUUGUCGCUCCGCGAUCGGCCGCCAGGAUAUAUGAUGUUGACCGGUAGCGACCGAGCGCAUUGCGCAACCGAGGGUUGCCGUCGUCGAAAAGACGUUCUCGGUGACGCGUCCGAGAGACGGUCCCUCGUCUGGGAUAGACCCGGAGGACGACGAGUUCAUCGACCGUUCUAUUCCGCGAACUGUCAAAUCGCUCCGCCGCGCAACCACUAGUCUAAUUGAUCGAUCGAACAAACAUAUUCCGAACCUCGCAGAUGCGACGACGUGUGAUCUUGUGCGAUCGGCCGCGCUUCGAAAGUUCGGGGACUUAAGACGGAGCAGCCUCGGCCGAGGCGAAAAUCGCGAUCGACGCCGUUCAUCCGAGCACUGCGAUGGCGAACAAACAGCAACAACAGUUCAGAAUGCGGUAUCUCGCGUCGUUGCCUCCGGCGAAGAAGAUUUGUGACGAAUCGAUGAUAUCGAGCCGGUGAUAACAUCGUUCUCGUUAGCUCGUCACCGCCAUCGAUACCAUCGCCGUCGACUUGUAAGGAACCGUAAAAGGAAGGCACGCGCACGGGAGACUUAGUACGCUUGUGACGAGCGAGCCAAGUGCAAGUCUGACCGGCUUGGCUUCAUCAGCACAUAGGAGAGAGGAAGUGUGCGAGAGCGACGAUGUCGAGGACCGCCACAUGUUCCUGAUGAAGGGAUUAUGAUCACCUGACGCGUCCCCGCGGGAUCGUUCGCACAGUCCGGAUUGUCGUUCAUCGUUCGCUAGAUUCGACUGGAUUACUCGGCUUCGCUGUAGUGUCCCGUCAGGCUGAGAAUGUCCAAGAAGCAAUGGCUGGUCCUGCUGAUGCUGUUUCUCACUUAUUUGUUACUGGGCGCGUCCAUCUUCUACCAUAUCGAAAGCCGCCUCGAAAUCGAAAAGAACGCCCAGGCCAAGCUGGAACGCAUUGAGAUCAACGGUGAGAUCGACAUCGGCGCAUUGAGACUGGCGAUAAAUGACGAACAGCGACUGUGUCAGCUGUCUCGCAUUAAGAGAUCGCGCAUUAAGAUCAUGCAAUUGUUAAUCUGUUAAUCAGCGAUGUCCGUAAUAUCUCGGAAGCGUUGGAACGAAAUCGUAUUAUCCCGGCUCACGCGCGAGUUCUGCGUCUUGACUCGUCAAGUGCUUUCAGUUCCAUCGAGUUUCGUCUCUUUUGCAAAUUUCUCGGUGAAUCCGGCGUCGAUCUUUCCUUGGUGAAAACGUGAUGGAUUUAAUCCAAGUCGUCGCAUGAUCGAAGAUAAAAAAGUCCUCGAGAAGUACGAACGAAUGGUAUCUUGAAAUCCUUCGUCCAGGCUCGAGUUCGCUUUAAUCAGUAAGUAGGUAACUUAAGGAUUCGUCAGAGGAACGUUCAUCAACGUUAAAAAUUAAUGCGAACGAUGCUUCCUAUGAACGAUGAUCUGCCGGACCUUCCUUGACGUUUUCGCCAAGGAGAAACGGCUUUCCGGAUGAGGAAAUAAACCGAUCUCGCACAUGUCACGCUUCACUCAUUGAUAUUCGCGUCUGGUUGCGGCGAUGAAAGAGACUAGGCGUCCUUACUUUUGAAAUUGUCCCACGUGCGAGCCUCAUUGAUGCCGGCGAACAUCAAGGAAAAAACUAAUAAUGUGCUGUUUGACAUAAACGCAGUUUCGUAUCAUUUGCAUGCGCGUCAUUGACUAUCGAGACGCGUUUUAUUCCAUGUCGCGCUAUUUAGUCGCUCGAAGUGUCAAUGUUCUUGAUCGGCAACGUCAUUCGCGUUAAUUUGACAUUGUAUCUUAAUAACAUAAUACAUGUAUGUGUGCGCGCGCGUAUGCGUGUGCGUGUGCAUCUCGAGUGCAUCGCAUCGUGGCCGCAUAGCAACAAUGGACAAAUCGAACCGCGAACCGCGAACCGCUAAAAUCGCUUGGGAAACAAUGCUUCCCUGGUAUUGGAUCCGUUUUCCUAACACUUCGAGACAUUGAACUUUAAUUCUGGUAUUAACGAAAUCUCAAGAGCACCUUCUUUAUCGCUCCAUGAUGAGAACGCCUUGAACCAUGGAGGCCAAUAAAAAAAGGCGCUCUCUCGAUUAAUGUAAAUUGAAGACACUCUUUAACUCUUAAUUAACUUUUGAUUAAAUACGUUCUUUACUAGUAACUUAUGCUGUGUGUGUGUGUUUAUUGCGUUGCAUGUUUCUCAAAUGAUUUUACGCGGUUCCCAACUUAAUUCGUUCAUUUUUAUUACACGGCCACGAUACGAUUUGGAGAUUUCGGCGAUGAUAAUGCAAGCAUUCGUGAUCGUGCAGCGAACGAGCCUAGCGUGCAAAGCAUUCGGGACUCUGCAGAGAAAUGCGUUUGGCUUCGCGAAUGAGAACUUCGCGUCUUUGCAUCGGCGACUUGAGCGAUUCUCAAACGACAGCCGGUUUACAGCCGUGUCAGGUCCUCAUUCCUCUAGAAUAACUGACUGUCGGAACGUCGCUCUCUCUUCGGCGCUUGCCAAAUCGUUGCUGCACAAGCACUAUAUGCCCGGUCAUGUUCACGAUCAGCACGAGAUUCUGGAGAAGCUUACCCAGUACUGCGGCAAGUCGGUGUACAAUUACACCGAGGGCGAAGUGGACCGGCAGCAAUGGGACUUCUACAACAGCUUCUACUUCGCUUAUACGGUCGUCAGCACUAUCGGGUACGGCAAUCUGGCACCUACGAACACACUCAGUCGCAUCCUGAUGAUCUUCUAUGGACUGGUGGGCAUCCCCAUGAAUGGGAUUCUGCUGACGCAGCUGGGCGAGUUCUUCAGCCUGGUAUUCGUCAGGGCUCAUCGCAAAUAUAAAUCCUACAAGCAAAGCCAGCCCGACUAUUCUCCCACAAAAUCGACAUCGUUGGAGACGCGUAAGGUGGGCCUGGCCGCGCAGAUCUUCAUGUACCUGAUACCCGGCUUCGUCAUGUUUAUCUUCUUUCCGGCGUUCCUAUUCUCACACUACGAGGGCUGGACUUACGAUCAGGCGGUCUAUUAUGCUUUCGUUACGCUGACGACCAUCGGUUUUGGUGAUAUCGUGGCAGGCCAAGAUAACACGAAAGGCAGCGGCCCAUUGUUCAUAAUGUAUAAAACAUUCCUGAUCUGUUGGAUCUCCUUCGGGUUGGGCUACAUCGUCAUGAUAAUGACGUUCAUCGCUCGCGGAAUGCGCAGCAAGAAGAUUACGAGGCUCGAGCACAAACUAGCGAUGAAUCUCAAGCACACGCAGAGCAAGAUUUGGAACGAGUUUAACAAAGAGGUCGACUACCUACGCCGCGUUUUUAACGAGUUACAGCUUUCUAAGGUCAAAAGGGUGUACGUGGACGAGUAUGACUAUGAAGUACCUCCGGCGAAACUCUCGCGUAGCAACAGUUUUCCGGAUCUUCGUACUUUAAUGAUAGGCGGAUGUAUAGAAAAUUAUACACCGCCCCAUCCACGACGACGUGCGAACAGCGAAGUAGUGCCGGCGGACCAGCUGACGCGCGUGGUGUCUGAGACUGACUUGCAAAGGAUAGACAAGAAUGCGACGUUCGCAGCGCACGCCAUGGUGCAACCAGCAGAACUCUUAGCACGCUUAGUAAAUAUCCUCGGUUACAUACCACCGCUGCCGCCGGAUGACAUAAACGACUGGGACCAGGAUGAAAAUCAGUCGAAUCAAGCUGACAUGCAGACUGAGCAAUGCAAAACGGCAGACUCGUUCAAUUCCAUAAAACAAACUCCGAAGGUCUCUCAAUGGAGAAUCGGCGGCGAAAGGUUCCCGUUCACUAAGCCUCGGUCGAGGGCGACUAGUGAGGUGCGACUGCAUGUCACGAAGAAUGACUUCAACGUCCCUCGGGAGAACAGUGAGUGGACCUGGUCCGGUCCAGUGGCUUCGAAGAAACUGCAAGAGCUGAUGAAGGCGCGCGAUACGACCGCUCUGCCCACAUCAAAGGACAGUAAUGGCAAAUCUUACAGAUUCCCGUCGUUCGCUCUACCGAUCUCUGCGACCAAGAACUUAUUCCCCCGAUGGAGAAGACAAAGCAAGAGGUCGUCGGACACGAAUCCCAACACCAAGAGCAUAGAUAAGACUACCACAGAUGAUAACGAGAAGAACAGCCAACAGAAUUCGAUCGGCCCGUUGCCCUCAUACUUGGAUGAGAGACGCGACUCGACCGCGAAGAGAUAUUAUACACACACCGGUGGCAACCUAUCGAAUUACCUGGAAGGUAACGCCUUGUUAGAAGAGACAAGCUUGGCGGACUUCCUCAGGGCGUUGACCGCUCUCCACGCGAGGGUGGGAACGGUUCCCGACGAAUAUGUCGCGAAACCAAAGAGGAAACUAGGAACGGCUAGUUUGACACCGCCGAAGCUGCCCAGUUUGUUCACCUUGUUUUCACCCAGUGCGCCUGUAUCAGGAACGCAAAGCAAUCAGGAUACGGUGACUGGAACGCAGUCGUACCAGUCGAGUAGAAGAAUGUCCCUGAGGACAACUGAAAACAAUUACUCCGGUUCCAACACACCGUCCUUCUUCAGAAGAGGGAGUCUCGCUAUAAAACCUAGAAGAUUCUCUCUGAGACCGGUAGCAACUCCAGUAAGUCCUCCAACGCCUCCCGAUUACGGAUCAUCGCGGUUGCCGAAUCUACAUCCGCUGAACCUGAGGAUAGACGAAAGCAAUCUUCAAGAAGCUUAUGUCCCAUCGGAGACUUUCUUUUCCGUGUCACCGAAGGAACCGCUUGUGAACAUGGAGGGCCCACCCGGUAUUUCGUCGCCGAUUAAACCACCGUCCAAUAUUCGGCGUUUCUCGAUAAGACCUGCACAGCUCAACGUUCAAACCAGUCCGACAAACCUCACGCCGUUACAUAUGCCGAAGCCGCCGCCGAGGUGGAAAGCCGGUAUACUUCUUCAACGGCAGCUCGGUCAGAUCAAUUUGCAGCGUCGCGUCAGAGCCUUCAGUCUCAGCGAUGUCAAUACCACUAAACGUGAGAAGAGUCCGACUCCUCUCAGCCCGCUCGCCAUGGACAACAGCAGCAAGAGCGUCACCAACAAAUUUGUCGACGUUAACAGAGUGAAUCAGAAGACGGUGACUAUCAUGUCACCCGCCGAGGAGAUGAGCAUGACCUCGAAGGGCGAGCUUCGAAGUUCCGCGAUAUCUACUCCUACAAACUCGAAAGAGGAGCAAAUGUCGCCAUGGAAGAAUCGCGAUGUGGCUUCCUCGGCUAAUCCUUUCGUCUUUGGAAUUUCCGAUGGAUCGUCCGCAGCAUCAAACGAAACUGUGAUUUCAUGCGUGGAUGCGAGUGGUAGGCGUCAGAGGGAUGAAAGGUACAACAAUCCAACGUCUUCCGAUGAGAAGAGUGUCCUUGAGCAAAAACUUGUGAAUCUUAAUGAUGCAUUGAAUAGGAUAGAAACGGGAAUGCAGGAAACGAAUGUAGACAUCAAGGUGGAAACUCCGCUUAGAACUGAGAAACUAAGUGAUGUGGAUAUGUGUAGAAUUGAUAAUUUGAAAGAGCCUCGGGAUCCUUCGAACGUAACAUUUUCGACGAGCGAUUGUUCAGGUUUGAAAAGAAAGAAACCUAGCGUGUCGAUAGACUUUUACAAACCAUCACGGCAAGUGGUGAUAGAGAAGCCCGCGGUCAAUCCUUUCGAACAAUACAAAGCUAUGACGAAAUGUGAUCAAAAAGAAGAUACGGACUUGAAAGAAGUCAAAAUUGAGUGUCUUCAUCCGAAACAUGAUGAGACAAAAAAUUAGUGAUUAAGCUAGAUAGGAUGUCCAAAGAUCGGGCAAUUUUCUUUCGCUUAUAUUCGUAAAAAAGUAUUUGAUUAUUUAGUUAGAUAUUUAAUUAGUUUGAUCGUUCAGAUUGGAAACGCCGAGGUGAACAAACUGACUGAAAAAUCUAUCACCUGAUCUUGUGAAGAAACUUUCCCGAAUUUUUCGGGUACAACCUGUAUCUGUACAGAUCAUUAUCUUGCCCGAUAGAAACCUACAAUUUUCGUGCAUAUAUCGCAUGUUAUUUUGUGUACGUAAGAACUGACAUUAAUUUUAUCCUACGCUGGGGAGAAGGGGCUUGGAAACUUUCUACCGUAGCAAUUAAAAUAUUCGUGUUUCGCUUUAUGAGGCUACAUCAUUUAGGCAACGCAUAAGCAAGAGUCAUAAGAUAAAACAGAUGUAAUUGACGCAUCGGUUUAUGUAAAAGUUAUAAGAAGCUUAUAAUUUUAAUCAAUUUUUCGAUAUUUAAUUUUAUCAGUAUACAAAAAUAUUUUUAAUUUUCCAGACUGGUCGAAUUUUCAUAGUACUUUUUCCCAAGUAAACUAUUCAAUUUAUGAAUUGUAAGAUAUGUAACUUAGUAAUGUGAUAAUUAUUAGAUGUAAUGUAAAUUAAGAGAUAUGUAAAUUAAUGUGAUUGAAUUUUAAUUUAAAUUCAGUAGUACAUCGAAAACACAUUCUGUGAUAUAAUGAAUACAGUAUAUCCUUGAUUUAACGGAUUUACAGACUCACAUUGUAUAAAAUAAUUUAUUGAAAACAUAUCAAGAGAGGACUACUGGUAAAUAGCAACACAUCGAUUAGAUAAUAGAGAAAAUCGAUGAACUUCUUCAUUAUCUCCAGAAUCCACUGAGUCCAAGGUCCGUGAAUUCGAGAAUUUACCGUACAGUAUUACGUUGAAUGGUCGAUAAAUAAUUAACGGAUCGAUAGUAUCAAUUAAAAGAUUGUCAAUCACGAGGUUGUAAUUGUGCGCAACACAUUUAUCACAGUCACUCUCGCAACCAUAUUCACUUCUCUCCGUUAGAUAUCAGCACAUGGACCAAAUCGCUCGGACGUCCGAAAACAAUCCACAAUAUAUUUAUUCCGCUGUAUCUUAAAAUCGACAUUCUCGGACGUAAUA